GAAAAAGUAAUUAUUGCCGAGCUGAAGCACAAUAUGCAUUUCAAAUGCAACGUAAAAUAGUUCAAAUUCUGUUACAAAAACAUUAUAAAGCUGAUGGAUGGCUUUUAUUUCUUAUUGGUCAAUUAUUAUAUGCUGAUUUUACUAAAUAUGAAUUUCCUCAAGCAAUGGAAAUGUUAUUUAAAGAGCUUAAAGCUGAAAACACUCAUGAACAACAUGUAGUAUCUGUAAGCCCGAAAAAAGAUAUGGACACUAAAAUUUCUAGUGCAUUUGUAUCACCACAGUUAAUAGAUUCACAUAAUAUUCUUGAAUGGACACAAGAACAAGUACAAGAUUGGCUUAUCAAACAUAAUCUUGUUCAAAUGUCUCGUCUUCUUACGAAUUAUGAUGGUCGAAGUUUGAUUUAUCUGCAUAGAUACAUAAAAUAUGGUCAACCGGAACAAAUUUUAAAUAUGCUUCAAGAAGAUUCACUUCGACGAACAAAUCAAUGUUUAUCAUUAGUAGAAUUAUCUCAGUUUCGUUCUUUAAUGGAUCAACAAAAACGACUAUUUCAAUCAACUAUUUCUAGUCAAGAAACAAGAAACAGUACAAGCAAUGAUAAAAAUAACACUUAG